AUGGUGACUUCGGUGGUUAGCUUUAUGGAUGCCAUCCGCAAUCGCUACGGCUCACCCGACGGUGAGGACGCCCACGGUGCGGAUGCCCUUCUCGUUGGGGACCCCAGUCGCCGCCGUAACAAGAAGUGGGAGCUUGUUGGCAUGGAGAAAACGCGGCUGAAGCAGGCGGAUCACACACGUCUUGUUCAUGUCGUUCUUCGUGGCAUGAACAUUACAACCGGGGAACGGAGCGAGGGUGAGCUGGCGGCGGCGGCGCUAAAUCGCUUGCAGGAAGUUGACAUCUCUGAGAAUCCCCUGCUGUCGAUGCGGGAUGUAGGCGUCAUUGCUCGGCAUCUUCCCGCCCUGACUGUCCUGCAGCUGUCGGAUAAUCCUGACCUUCUCCGUGGAGCUGCCGCGGGCACAACGCCGCUGCUAGUGUCAGUGCAUCUGCGCAAGUUGGUGCUUCACAAUGUGGGCUUGCGCUCCAUAUGGCAACUCCGCGCACUUGUGGAUCUUCCGGCCCUUGAAGAGCUGCACCUCGAGAAGAAUAACAUUCAGUGUCUCAAGCUUCUGGCGGAAGCAGAGGAAACAUCGGCGGACUAUCUUCAAGCGAAUGCGGAGGCUGCUGAUGACAAAAGCCGUCACUGGUUCCCUAACGUAACGACUCUUAGUCUUGCGCAGAAUGAGUUGUCAUCGUGGGGCCGUGAUAGUGGACUCAAUGAGACUAUGACAACAGCCUUCCCACGGGUGACACGGCUAUUUCUAACGGGAAAUUGCAUGCCCAACUUGUACUAUGAGAAUAUCACCGCAAUAUCAAAUUCCACUGCUACCACAGCUGCUGGCGACAACGGCAACGACUACGCAUACCUGCGGCCCUUGGAAUUGCUCUGUGUGAAGGACAACACAAACAUCAAUGACCCACGUACGCUUGAAGCACUUCAAAAAUUAUGUCCACAGCUGCACACAUUCCGCAUCACAUACAGUGCUAUGUUUCCGCAGUGGAAUGAAACGCUUGGACGCAUGUACGUGGUUGCGUCCUUUCCAAGUAUCACGACACUCAAUCGAGGGCAUGUGCGGCCCAAGGAACGGCUUGACUCCGAGAUUUUCUACGUUCAACGUGGCUUAGUCGCCAAACAGCAACUGGAGGGACAAAAAGCCGCUGACCAAAAAACACAAGAAGAAUCCAAGGAACAGCAACAGGUGGGGUUGACAUUGCAUUUUCCUUUGUUAGAAACCUUGCGAGAAAAACAUAAGGACGUUAUUAUGGCCAUUUACCGGGACGGGGAGACGGCAAGCCACGACGGCAUCUCACAAAUUAUGCUUCACCUCACGUUUCGUUGUGAUGGCUUUGAGCAGGUAACAAAGACUGUACCAAGUUCAAUGACUGUAGGGAAACUCAAGGCCCUCGUACGUGCCAUUUUUGGUGUUGUUCCCUCGUAUCAACGGCUUUCUUUCUUUUCAGGUGAUGCUGCCGUGAUUGAGCGCCCCAUGGAGCUUGAUAACGAAUUACAGAGCCUUGCAUUCUAUGGCGUGUCUGACGGGGCGCUGGUGCAAGUGAUUGACACAUCUUUACGGUAA